AUGCAGAUUCCUCUUUUUGGAGCCAAGUCUUUUGGCAGAAGAAGCCCAGAUGGGCCAGCGCUAAGUAAAGCUGAAUUUGUUGAGAAAGUUCGUCAGAGCAACCAGGCCUGUCAUGAUGGAGAUUUCAGCACAGCCAUUGGCCUUUAUAAUGAAGCACUGGCUGUUGACCCUCAGAAUUGUAUCCUGUACAGUAACAGAUCUGCAGCGUACCUGAAGAUCCAAGAGUACCAUAAAGCUCUGGACGAUGCAAUCAAAGCCCGACUUCUAAAUCCCAAAUGGCCAAAGGCAUACUUCCGACAGGGUGUUGCCCUCCAGUAUCUUGGACGCCAUGCAGAUGCUCUGGCAGCCUUUGCAUCAGGCUUGGCCCAGGAUCCCAAGAGUCUGCAGCUUCUGGUUGGGAUGGUGGAAGCCGCCAUGAAGUCUCCUAUGCGAGAGUCCCUCGAGCCCACCUAUCAGCAGCUUCAGAAGAUGAAGCUGGACAAGAGCCCCUUUGUGGUGGUGUCUGUGGUCGGCCAGGAGCUGCUGACGGCUGGCCAUCAUGGCGCCUCUGUGGUGGUCUUAGAAGCUGCACUGAAGAUUGGCACCUGCAGCCUGAAGCUAAGGGGCUCCGUCUUCUCAGCCCUGAGCAGUGCCUACUGGUCCCUGGGCAACACAGAGAAAAGCACUGGCUAUAUGCAACAGGAUCUGGACGUAGCCAAGACCUUAGGUGACCAGACGGGGGAAUGCCGAGCUCACGGGAAUCUGGGCUCCGCAUUCUUCUCCAAAGGAAAUUAUCGAGAGGCUCUCACUAAUCACAGACAUCAGCUGGUGCUGGCCAUGAAGCUCAAAGAUCGAGAGGCCGCCUCUUCAGCCCUAAGCAGCCUAGGCCAUGUCUACACGGCGAUCGGAGACUACCCCAAUGCCUUGGCUAGCCACAAACAAUGCGUUCUUCUGGCCAAACAGUCCAAAGAUGAACUUUCUGAAGCCAGGGAGCUGGGCAACAUGGGUGCCGUGUACAUUGCCAUGGGGGACUUUGAGAAUGCUGUGCAGUGCCAUGAGCGGCACCUGAAAAUUGCCAAGGACCUGGGCAACAAGCGAGAAGAGGCCCGGGCCUACAGCAACUUGGGCAGUGCCUACCACUACCGGAGGAACUUCGACAAGGCCAUGUCCUACCAUAACUAUGUGCUGGAACUGGCCCAGGAGCUCCUGGAGAAGGCCAUCGAGAUGCGUGCCUAUGCUGGCUUGGGCCACGCGGCAAGAUGCAUGCAGGACCUGGAGAGGGCCAAGCAGUACCACGAACAGCAGCUGGACAUCGCCGAGAACCUCAAGGACCGAGCUGCCGAGGGGAGGGCUUCCUCCAAUCUUGGGAUCAUCCACCAGAUGAAGGGCGACUACGAGGCGGCGCUGAAGCUCCACAAGACCCACCUGUCCAUAGCGCAGGAGCUGAACGACUACGCGGCGCAGGGCCGGGCCUACGGCAACAUGGGCAACGCCUACAACGCGCUGGGCCUCUACGACCAGGCCGUCAAGUACCACCGGCAGGAGCUGCAGAUCUCCAUGGAGGUGAACGACCGCGCCUCGCAGGCCUCCACGCACGGGAACCUGGCCGUGGCCUACCAGGCGCUGGGCGCCCAUGACCGGGCCCUGCAGCACUACCAGAACCACCUGAACAUCGCCCGGGAGCUGCGGGACAUCCAGAGCGAGGCGCGCGCCCUCAGCAACCUGGGCAACUUCCACUGCUCGCGCGGCGAGUACGGCCAGGCGGCGCCCUACUACGCGCAGUACCUGCGGCUGUCGCCCGAGCUGCAGGACAUGGAGGGGGAGGGCAAGGUGUGCCACAACCUGGGCUACGCCCACUACUGCCUGGGCAACUACGAGGAGGCCGUCCGCUACUACGAGCAGGACCUGGCGCUGGCCAAGGACCUGCACGACAAGCUCAGCCAGGCCAAGGCCUACUGCAACCUGGGCCUGGCCUUCAAGGCCCUGCUGAACCUGAGCAAGGCCGAGGAGUGCCAGAAGUACCUGCUGUCGCUGGCGCAGGCCCUCAACAACCCGCAGGCCAAGUUCCGGGCGCUGGGCAACCUGGGGGACAUCUUCGUGUGCAAGAAGGACACGGGCGGCGCCAUCCGCUUCUACGAGCAGCAGCUGAGCCUGGCGCACCAGGUCAAGGACCGGCGGCUGGAGGCGAGCGCCUACGCGGCCCUGGGCACGGCCUACCGCACGCUGCACAAGCACGACAAGGCGCUGGGCUACCACACGCAGGAGCUCGAGGUGUACCAGGAGCUGAGCGAGCUGCCCGGCGAGGGCCGCGCGCACGGCCACCUGGCCGCCGUCUACAUGGCGCUGGGCAAGUACACGAUGGCCUUCAAGUGCUACGAGGAGCAGCUGGAGCUGGCGCGGAAGCUCAAGGACCCGAGCGUCGAGGCGCAGGUCUACGGCAACAUGGGCAUCACCAAGAUGAACAUGAGCGUCAUGGAGGAGGCCAUCGGCUACUUCGAGCAGCAGCUCGCCAUGCUGCAGCAGCUCAGCGGCAACGAGUCCGUGCUGGACCGCGGCCGGGCCUACGGCAACCUGGGCGACUGCUACGAGGCGCUGGGCGACUACGAGGAGGCCAUCAAGCACUACGACCAGUACCUGUCCGUGGCCCAGAGCCUCAACCGCAUGCAGGACCAGGCCAAGGCCUACCGGGGCCUGGGCAACGGGCACAGGGCCAUGGGCAGCCUGCAGCAGGCCCUGGUGUGCUUCGAGAAGAGGCUGGUGGUGGCGCACGAGCUGGGGGAGGCCGUGGACAAGGCCCAGGCGUACGGGGAGCUGGGCAGCCUGCACAGCCAGCUGGGCAACUACGAGCAGGCCAUCUCGUGCCUGGAGCGCCAGCUGAACCUGGCCCGCGACAUGAAGGACCGGGCCCUGGAGAGCGACGCCGCCUGCGGCCUGGGCGGCGUCUACCAGCAGAUGGGCGAGUACGACACGGCCCUCCAGUACCACCAGCUGGACCUGCAGAUCGCCGAGGAGACCAACAACCCCUCGGGCCAGGGCCGGGCCUACGGCAACCUGGGCCUCACCUACGAGUCUCUGGGCACCUUCGAGAGGGCCGUCGUGUACCAGGAGCAGCACCUGAGCAUCGCCGCCCAGAUGAACGACCUGGUGGCCAAGACCGUGUCGUACAGCAGCCUGGGUCGGACCCACCACGCCCUGCAGAACUACUCGCAGGCCGUCAUGUACCUGCAGGAAGGUCUGAGGCUGGCCGAGCAGCUGGGAAGGAGAGAGGAUGAAGCCAAGAUUCGCCAUGGUCUCGGCCUCUCCCUUUGGGCCAGCGGAAACCUGGAGGAGUCCCAGCACCAGCUCUACAGAGCAUCAGCCUUAUUUGAAACGAUCCGCCAUGAGGUUCAGCUAAGCACCGACUACAAACUGUCCCUGUUUGACCUGCAGACAUCCUCGUACCAGGCCUUGCAGCGGGUGCUCGUCAGCCUUGGCCAUCACGACGAAGCCCUUGCCGUGGCAGAGAGAGGAAGGACCAGAGCGUUUGCCGAUCUUCUGGUAGAACGUCAGACUGGCCAUCAGGACUCUGACCCUUACUCACCGGUGACAAUUGACCAGAUCCUAGAGAUGGUGAACAGCCAGCGGGGACUCGUGCUCUACUACUCCCUGGCAGCCGGCUACCUGUACAGCUGGCUGCUCGCUCCUGGGGCAGGAAUUCUCAAGUUUCAUGAAUAUUAUCUGGGCGACAACAUGACAGAAAACUCCAGUGACUUCCAGGAAACCAGCAGUGUGAUUCUCCAGACAGUCACCAGCUCUGCCCUCGAGCAGUAUAUUGCCAGCGUUCGGGAGGCCUUGGGAGUGGAUUCAUAUUAUACCAGGGCUUGUGCCAGCAGUGAGACAGAGAGUGAGGCUGGAGAGAUCAUGGACCAGCAGUUUGAGGAGAUGAACAGCAAGCUCGCCUCGGUCACAGAUCCCACGGGCUUCCUGAGGAUGGUCAGCCGGAAUCACCUCUUUAAUCGGAGCUGCCACAGCAUGACUAGUUUGUUCAGUAACACCGUGUCGCCUAUUAAGGAUGGAACAUCCUCUCUUCCCAGAAGACCCAGCUCCCUUCCCAAGCCCCCGCUCCGUGCUCUGUAUGACCUGCUCAUAGCACCCAUGGAAGGGUCUCUGCCACCAGCUUCUCUCUUCAGGUGGCUGCUGUGUUCUCUCCUUUUCAAAGAUCUCAUCACAUCUAAUGCCUCCAACCUGGGCUUCCUCAUGAACAGCGAUCUACGUAUCACCAAUCGAAGCUGCUAA